AUGCGAACCCCUUUCAUCAUCGGGUUGGCGACUGCAAUUGCCCACAUCGCCGCGGGGUCCAACACGGCCGGAAGCCAACUAAACGGCUGGUACCCGUGCGCGGAGUACACCUUCUCGGACGACGGAACUUCCAGCGGUCAGAAUGCAGAGUGUGCUGUCUACAAUGCGCCGCAGUGCUACCCUGGCAUCUGUGACUCGGUCAACUCGAAAAUCGACGUCUUCGUGAAGCGUCUGCCGGCUGGGGGUAACAACCCCAACAAGGCAACCAACGUCUGGCUGGUGGAAGGUGGAAGGUGGACCGGGACGCGGUCUAUGAUGCUUGACCUGUACGCGAAGCUCAACGCAACGGUGAAUGUGUACGCCAUGGACCAUCGAGGCUCUGGACGGAGCACGAUGCUCGACUGUGUGGCCGCGCAGGCUCAGACAACAGGCUCCCCCAAGGGCAGAGACUUCGACCCCACGGAAGUGGCUGCGUGUGCGAAGUCGCUGUCGUUCAAGUACAAGGACCUCGCUGCCUUCUCAAUCACCAGCGCCGCUACUGAUCUGUCAAUCUUCAUCUCCACGUACACGAAUGGCGCCAGCACGAUCGUGUACGGCACGAGCUACGGGUCGGCAGUGGUUGAACGCCUGAUGCACCUGGCCCCUCUUGAGGUGACUGGAUAUGUGAUGGACGGCAUUUCGACCACGCCUGGCGCUCCAGCGGACGAAUCUGAGUACUUUUCACAGUGGGACGUGAAUUACGGCGCAGUCGGAGACUAUUUCUUGUCCUUCUGCGAGCAACAGAGCGUAUGCAGCUCCCAUUUUGAGAAGAAAAGUCUGCCAGAUACGCUUAAAGAAGUCCUCACCAAGUUCGACAAAGACCCCAACUCGACCUGUGCUGCGCUUGUGACCGACAAAACUACUACGUGGGGCGACGUGAAGCCGUCUUUCAAGGUGCGGGAGGCGCUGGGGUACAUUCUCAACAGCCCCAAGAAGCGGAGACUGAUCGCUCCGAUCGUCUACAGACUGAACCGCUGCUCGCCCGACGACGUCGACAGCAUCGGCAACUUCCUCGACGUUCUGAACUCCGACAUGACCUACACCACUCAAAACGAGAUCUACAACUCGAACCUGCUCUUCUUCCUCAUCGUCUUCUCGGAGAUGUGGGAGUUCCCCGGCCCGUCGGUCGCUGAAAUGAAUGCCCGCUUUGGUAGCACAAAGCUCUCGGACGGGACGUUUUACAAGCUCGCGCCGGUGUAUUGCGCGUUCUCGAAGGAUAACUCCAAGUGGUGUGAGGACUUGGGCUAUGGAGACUACGAGGCCAACGCGAUCAUGUACGAACGCGACCAGUACUGGAACAAGAGCGCCACGAUCCCCAGUCAAGCCAGCGUGUUGCUCAUGAGCAGCAAACUGGACGCCAAGACGCCGCACAGGUUCGCCGAGUCGCUGCUGGACGUUCUUGAAGGAGACAACAAAGAGCUGGUGACGUUCAACUACACGGAGCAUGGAACUAUGUCGUGGUCGUUCCUCGUGGAUGGAAUCUACACGGGUGAGACGUGCGGCUUGGAUAUUUUCGCGUCGUACGUGAGCAACGGCGGAGACCUGGACAAGCUGGACAAGUCGUGUCUGGACGAGAUGCCGCCGCUCAAUCUCACUACGCCAAUCGACUACCAGUACAUCUACCUGAGCACGGACGACGCCUACGACGGCACCUUCAACGCGACCGUGACGACUGUCUACAACUAA